UCGGCAGGGAAACAAAGAAGAUGGCGGACGUGGUGAACGUUGGGGUGAAUUUAGAAGCUUUCUCUCACGCGAUUAGUGGCAUCCAGGCGCUCCGCUCUAGCGUGACUCGCGUCUUCGAGUUCCUGAAGGAUGGCAUGAAGAACCGGGACACACUAGAGGGCCGUGAGAAGCAGUUUAUAGCCGAGUUCCAGGACAACCUGCAGUCGGUCAACAGAGACCUCAAUGAGUUGGAGCGUCUUAGUGGUCUGGUUGGACGUCCCUCAGAGUCUCAUCCCCUCCACAACAGUGGUCUGCUCAGUCUGGACCCCGUUCAGGAUAAAACUCCUCUAUAUUCUCAGCUGCUGCAGGCCUACAAAUGGUCUAACAAGUUGCAGUACCAUGCUAGUUUGGCCUCCAGUUUGUUGAACCAACAGUCACUCAAACGAUCAGCCAAUCAGAUGGGAGCUUCAGCCAAGAGACGACCCAAAGUCCAACCCAGUACUCUGGUAAUACCUCCUCAUUACGUGGAUGAUGUCAUCUCUCGGAUCGGCAGGAUGUUUCCUGACAUGACCAUUGAGCUCUUCAGACCCAAUGGAACGUCUGCUGUACUGUUGGUGACCUUAGAGAAGGUGUUAAAGGCAAUUCUUGUGAUGCGUUCACUGUUCAUUGACAGAACCGUUGUUCGAGGAUACAAUGAAAAUGUUUACAAUGAGGAUGGAAAGCUGGACAUCUGGACCAAGUCUCAGUACCAGGUUUUCCAGAAGGUAUCAGAUCAUGCCACAACUGCCCUACUGCACUACCAGCUCCCCCAGAUGCCUGAUGUUGUGGUUCGAUCAUUUAUGACCUGGUUGCGGAGCUACAUUAAACUCUUCCAGUCUCCGUGUCAGCGCUGUGGUCGUUUCCUUCAGGAUGGACUUCCUCCAACAUGGAGGGACUUCAGGACCUUGGAAGCUUUUCACGACACGUGUCGCAUGUAAAAAAAAAGUCCCCCUUUUGUAUUUUUGUUUGUGUUCUCUGUAA